UAAAAGUUGAGAACAAGCCAGAUGUAAGUGUUUUGUUAUGGUGCACGCGUAACAAGCUCUAACGUGAGAUGCUAAAACACGUCUACUAAAUGUUUUAUGGGAUCAAGUGAUUUUUAGAGAUUUUUCUUCUUAUUCUCAAUCAUAUAUCUUCUGAGAUGUUUAUUGAUUUUAAGGUUUUUUAGGAGCUUGAUCUUGAUGCAGCAUGUGUUUGUUCACUUAAUAUUUACCAAUAACCAUCAGUCUGAAAAGAUAAAUGGACAAAAAAUAAAAAUAAAAAUGGUCAUUUUAGACAUUUUUCUUUUAACACAUUCAUUAGAUUGGGAAUCUUUUAAAAUGAUGUGAAUAAUUAAUAGCACAUUUAUUGAAAAAAUAUUGCUCAUGUUUGCAUGCUAGAUGUGUCCUCUGAGUUUGAUAAUAUUUAAGUCAUUCUGCUACAAAGUCUCUUAUUUUGGUGAACCAUUGCAGCAGAAUUUGCAUGUGUGUCUUUGAGUUUUAAAACUUAAGGUUCAAAAAGUUAAACAUCUUUUGAAUUUUUUGGCCCAAGUAUGUGGAGACAAAUAUCUGGUACGUCACUCUCUGGAGAUGGAAGGCUAAUGGCUAGUCCGACUGGCAAAAAUCCAAAGUAGAUUGUUUUAUUACAACUCAAAUCAAAUUUUUAUUGCAUUUUCUUGAAACAAUUAAAAAAACUAUUUUAUUUCCCCAUUUAGUUUAUUACAUAGACUUUUAUAAUUACAGGAACAGCAGUAGCUAGCUGUAGCAUUUCUGGUAACCCCUUCUGCAGGAAUUUCAUAACUAAACAUUUCCAACAAUGCUCUUGUGAUAACUGCUUCAUAAAUUUGAUCAAACAGCAUAUUUUUAUUUGGUUUAUGAGACUGGAUUUGUUUAAAAAUGGCAGAAUUAUUAUUUUGUCUUGGCCCCAUUUGAACUAGCUGUUAGCCCAUCAAUCUGUUCAGAACUAAUCUCUAUUUCUCCAAACAGAGGUUCUUCAAAGAGCUCAUAGACAAGAUAAAAAAAUGAACCUGUCUUUUCCACAGAAACUUUCCUUUUCCUUUAAGAGACAGAUAAAAUCUGUUUUGAACGACCUUGCCAGUGUUUCAGCUCCACUCAUGAGAAUAAUUGAAUCUGUUUGUGUCCAGUCUGAUAGUCAGCUUCCAGCUGGAGCUAAACCUGGGGCAGACACAACAGGUGGUCUGCAGUCAGCUGAGGGGUCCAAUGGUAACAUGGGAGGACCAGAUACUCCAGGGGAGGAGGAGAGCAGCAGCAACAGAAAAGUGGUAAGAGUUAUGCGAAGAGGGGUUCGUUCAGUAGCUGCUGCUGGAACAGAAGAGCAGAACCAGUCCACCCUUUCUACGUCAGCAUCAGAACCUGGGAUCUCAAAACCCAGAGCUGCUGGGGAGGACAAGGAUGCCCUGUCCAUGGGUCUGACCAGUUUAAUGGGCAGAGGCAGAACCAAGGAGCACCGGCCUCGCACCCGCACUCAGGACCGCAAAGAGGAGGUGAAGCCGGAGGAAGAGAAAGAAAAGGUAGAGGAAGAGGAGGAGGAGGAGGAGGAGGGGAAAUGUACCAUAGAAACCUCACCUUUGCCAGCUCCUCCAGCUCCAAACCCUGAGCUGCCAAAAUCCAACCUCCUCAUCCCUCCAGCUGGGUUCAUCCCUCCUUCCAAACCAAACCCUUUGGCACCGCCUGCUGGUUUCAUCCCUGCACCCAAACAGAAUCCAUUGACUCCUCCACCUGGUUUCAUCCCUGCCAAAAAACCUAGCCCCAUGCCACCCAAACAGAAUCCCUUGGCGAGACCUCCGGGAUUCAUUCCUGUUCCAAAGACGGAUCAGUUGGCUCCUCCUGCAGGCUUCAUACCGAAGGCCCGUUCAUUCACGGUGAAGAAAGCAGAGGUACGGAGUGAAAAAGUGCACGUUUCUCUGAGUGGAGCAUGCCCCAAGAAACUAACACCAGUUAUUCCUUACUUACUCUAAAUGUAACUAAACACCUUUAAAAUAUGUUCUAAAAUGUCUUUUUCAAAGCAAGGUUGCUUAAGGAAGAACUUGUAGUUUUCUCUGAAGUAAAAGUUGGUUUUUAUUUCUGAAAGAGUCAAAACGAGGGCAGAGUGAAUGUGGGCCGAUUAUCCGGGUUCAUCAUCAGCAGAUGAAAGUGUGGACCGAUCUCUGACUCACCAUCACUUUUUGGAAGGUUUUACUGGCUGAAGGUAAAAGUUUCGAGAAGUAUUAGGAUGCUUUUUCAUCAUAUGGGCAAUGUUAAAUUUUUAUCUGUCCAGAAGACGCAGAGAUCAGUUUGAGGGUUUUAACGCUGCAGCAGGCAUUGGAUUUAGGAGAACGGUGUUGUUGUUGCAGAAUGAUGCCAUGGUUUUAACUUCUCUAGAUGGAUAUGCCAUUUUUUUUUCAGCAACGUGACAUCUAAACACGUCCGUGGGAGUUUCCUGUGUUUUGGUUCUAUUGACUGCAUCCAUUUCAGCUAAAUUGAAAAAUCCAAAACUGAUUUGGUCAUUUGUUUCUCCUUGGGUGCAAAAGCAUUGGGUUGUGCUUCAUUUUUGUUACUAUUUUUCUAAGAAUGAUCAUUUAGAGUUUUCGAGCUAAAUGUCUUCUCUGAGAGAGAUGUAAAGAAUGCUCCUGCAGCCUUAUAAAAUGUAAUCUUAUCUGCCUGUCUAACACCUAUUUACGAAUCAUGCAGUUUUAAAAAGACUGAAACAGUGUUGUCAUCACGUAUUAAAGAACUAGUUUGAAAUCUGA